CCGCGCUACGUGUCCCGCAGCCCUUAUAGCCCCGGCCCGGCGGGCCCGCCGCCGCUGCACCAUGUCGAGCCCCGAGCACACGGCAUCCACCAACGUGGUUUACCAAGCCCAUCAUGUCAGCAGGACUAAGAGAGGACAAGUUGUUGGCACCAGGGGAGGAUUCCGAGGCUGCACGGUUUGGCUCACAGGCCUUUCUGGAGCUGGCAAGACAACCAUUGGCUUUGCUCUGGAAGAGUACCUGGUGGCUCAUGGCAUCCCAUGCUACUCCCUGGACGGUGACAACGUCCGGCACGGCUUGAACAAGAACCUGGGCUUCUCGGCGCAGGACCGCGAGGAGAACAUCCGGCGCAUCGCCGAGGUGGCGCGGCUCUUCGCCGACGCGGGGCUCGUCUGCAUCACCAGCUUCAUCUCCCCCUUCACAAAGGAUCGUCGAAACGCACGGAAAAUCCAUGAGGCAGCUGGACUUCCUUUCUUUGAAAUCUUUGUAGAUGCUCCUCUAAAUAUUUGUGAAAGCAGGGAUGUGAAGGGCCUGUACAAAAAGGCAAGAGCUGGAGAGAUCAAAGGGUUCACGGGGAUUGACUCAGAGUAUGAGAAACCCGAAGCUCCUGAGCUGGUGCUGAAAACAAACAUUGCCUCGGUGUCUGAGUGCAUCCAGCAGGUUGUGGAGCUCCUCCAAGCACAGAACAUCGUGCCCCAAGGCUCAGUCAAGGAUGUUCUGGAGCUGUUUGUGCCUGAGGAUAAACUCAGCAGUGUCCGGGCUGAGGCAGAGAAGCUGCCAGCAGUGGAGAUCAGCAAGCUGGAUCUGCAGUGGGUGCAGGUGCUGAGCGAAGGCUGGGCCACUCCUCUGAAGGGAUUCAUGCGGGAGGCAGAGUACCUGCAAGUGCUGCACUUUGGCACCCUGAACAACGACGGCGUGGUGAACCUGAGCAUCCCCAUCGUGCUGCCGGUGUCGGCGGAGGACAAGCAGCGGCUGGAGGGCAGCGCGGCGCUGGCGCUCAGCUUCCAGGGCCGCCGGGUGGCCGUGCUGCGCGCCCCCGAGUUCUUCGCGCACAGGAAGGAGGAGCGCUGCGCCCGCGUCUGGGGCACCACCUGCCCCCGCCACCCCCACAUCCAGAUGGUGAUGGAGAGUGGAGACUGGCUGGUUGGUGGAGACCUGGAGGUGCUGGAGAAGAUCAAAUGGAAUGAUGGGCUGGACCAGUACCGCCUGACCCCGCUGGCUCUCAAGCAGAAGUUCAGGGAAAUGAACGCUGACGCCGUCUUCGCCUUCCAGCUGCGCAACCCCGUGCACAACGGGCACGCCCUGCUCAUGCAGGACACGCGGCGCCAGCUCCUGGAGAGGGGCUACAAGAACCCUGUGCUCCUGCUGCACCCCCUGGGGGGCUGGACCAAGGACGAUGAUGUCCCUCUGGAGUGGCGCAUGAAGCAGCACGCCGCCGUGCUGGAGGAGCAAGUCCUGGACCCCAAGUCCACCAUCGUGGCCAUCUUCCCCUCUCCCAUGCUCUACGCCGGCCCCACAGAGGUGCAGUGGCACUGCCGAGCCCGCAUGGUUGCAGGGGCCAACUUCUACAUCGUGGGGCGCGACCCGGCGGGAAUGCCGCACCCCGACACCAAGCAGGACCUGUACGAGCCCACGCACGGCGGCAAGGUGCUGAGCAUGGCCCCCGGCCUCACCUCCGUGGAGAUCAUCCCCUUCCGCGUGGCUGCCUACAACAAGCUCAAGAGAGCCAUGGAUUUCUAUGACCCCAAAAGGCAUGACGAUUUUGACUUCAUCUCAGGAACACGUAUGAGGAAGCUUGCUCGGGAAGGGGAAAACCCCCCGGACGGCUUCAUGGCCCCCAAAGCCUGGAAAGUCCUCACCACAUACUACCAGUCACUGGAAAAAAAGAAUUAACUCCUCCUCCUCCUCCCUAGAAAUACCUGUAUUAAGAGUGAGCAAUGAUCGAUUGAUUCCCUGUGACACAGAUCACUUGGCAUGACCCUGGGAUUUUCCUACCUGGGUCAGAGUGUUUUUUACCAAUCAGAAAUACUUUGAGCCUGAUCCUUCUCCCCCUAAAGCUGUUGGGAGCAUCCCCAUGGAGCUGGAAGGGAUGGGGAGCAGGCCCUUUGUUCCUGGCUGGCACCGGGAUGUGCCACCGGGAUCAUGGUGGUGCUGCCAGGGCCACACAGCAGCUCCCAGUGCAGAGGGAUAAAACCUGCCUGGAGCAGAAAUGAAGAAGUGCCUUUCCACAUUGUGCCUUUGACAGUUUUUGCUAAUUAACAGCAGAAUCUUUUUAAUGCCCUUUUUUAAAAAGGAUUUUUUAAGAUCAGCUGUGACCACUGCCAGUUCCUUGUGGCUGAGCCAACUUCUCACUGUUUCCUUCCUCCUGCUUGACCUCUUUGGUCAAACAAAUCCCAGGCUGAGCAUUCCUGUUGCUCCAAGUUCAGCUGUCUGUGAAACUGUGCCAUGGUAAUCCCUGCACUCAGCCUGGUAAGGGAACCACCAUAAAGCCCUGAGAUCCCUGAGAAAGCUCUGGAAAGCAGGGAAAAGUCAGGGAUGCUGUCACUGUGCUUUCAGGUGUCCUCCUACGUGGCAGAAUGGGAUCCCCUUUCCCUCUGUAUAAUAAAGUAUUGGAAUGGUCUGCCCAGAGAGGUGGUGGAGUCACCACCCCUGGAUGUGUUUAAAAAAAGACUGGAUGAGAC